AUGACGGAAUCAAGUCCAGAUGAAGUGGUUCAAGGUAGUGCUGCUAUGCUGUUGAGUAAUGGAAUUAUGGGGAUUGUCCAACCGGCAGUAGAACGUCUCGACAAUCAGGUUCAUCAGGCGCGUGCUAGUCAAUACACCUUGAAUAUGCAUAUCCGAGAACUGGCGCAAUAUUUGAAAGAAAUUUCGGAUGAGCAACAAGCACCAUAUGAUUUAGACUUCUAUGUGCGAAAGUUGGAUGAUUCCAAAAAACGAGUUACAGUUGUUGGGAAUGUUUUGCAAAAUGUACAUGAUCGAUUGAGCCGCUUGCAGCGUAAUAUCGCUCGUCAAGUCUACCAACAAAAACAACGUAUCAUACAGCCAGUGCCAUCACCACCAAUUCGUUGA